AUGGAUACCGAUAUGACCGACGUCGAGAUGUCAAGCCUCACGCCACCGUCGCACAAGGUGGCCAACCAACGACCGGCUGCAGUCGUCCAAGACGAGGAGCUGGCCGACGAAUCGAUGGCCAACGUUGACAGCAUCGCUCAAAGCAGCACAUCCAAGAUAACGCCAUCGCAGCACGUGCGUAGAAAGCGCAGUGUUCUCAGCAGAAAAGGGAAGCGCUUGGCACAUCUGCAAAGCCGCGACCUUGUGCCGGCUUCCAGAAGCUUGCUGUACGGCCACGGGACUCAACACGAUGUCGGCGACAACGACGGUGACGACGGAUCGAGCUAUGGGACCGAGGACGAAAAGGACGAUGACGAAGAUGAGGAUGAGGAGGAUGCAGCAAGUCGGCGAAAGAGCACACCAGGUCGUAUCCGGUCCAUCACCAAGUACGCCGUCAACUACAUCCUUCCCAAUGCGGUGUCGCCGUUGCCGCAUCAGCACCAAGGGUCCUCGGGCUCGGCCACAAAUUUCAUGGACAAACCGGAGCUCCUCUUGGGCUAUGCCCAAUUCAUCUUCAAUGCCACCAUCCUCUGGGCCUUUCUCUAUCUUCUCUACAACUUCGUCCGCAUGGUGCAAAAGGACGUCGCAGAAAAGGUACGAUCGUACGAGAUGGACACCUUGUCCGAGAUCACCGCGUGUGCCGCAGCAUACACGGCGAAUCGCUGUGGCACCGAGCUUCAAGCGCCCGCUCUGGCCAACGCGUGCAAGAAUUGGGAGCGCUGUUCGGCUCGAGAUCCGGCUGUCGUAGGCACGGCCCGCGUCACUGCCGAAACGUUCGCCGAGAUUCUCAACGGCUUUGUGGAUUCGGUCAGCUGGAAAACCAUGUUCUUCACGCUCGUCUGCUUUUCCAUCGUUGUUGGCGCUACCAACUCGUUUCUGUCCUUCUUCCGCAUCAAGUCUCGAUCUCGUGGUCACGACUCGGAGCAUUCCUCGGCAAAAGCGCAGCAUUCACACACUGGACACACCUCAGCGCCGCCGCCCACCCAUGCCAUUGGUCCGCCGCAACACAACGUACAUGCGAGCGGCGUACCUGCUUACUACCAUCCGCAUCAGCCUCCGGACUACGCGAUAGGCUCAUCAUACCCUUAUCCAACCUGGCAGCAGCUUCCUCCCGCUACGCCGUCACGGAGACGCAUGCGCUGA